AUGGGUCAAUCACUUAUUUGCUUCCUCUCCCUCUCCGAAGUCCCAAACCAUUUAGAAGGUAGACUGAGCUUUUAGCUCUCCUGCCCAAACUGAAGAGGGUCCUCUUUGUUGGAAGUUUUAGCAGCUGAGCCAGUUUAUACUCCAUCAGAGUUUUCUGGUCUUCUUUAAGCAUGAAUAGAAGGGAGAUAUGCAGGCUGGUAUUCAUAUUAUUUCUGGGUCAGCUGGUAUCAUUCUUCCUUGCAGUUGCUAGUUUCACUUCCUCUUACAUAGCAGAUCUGGGUGCUGAUGUACCGCUUACACAGUCUUUCUUCACAUAUCUCUCUCUGUCUCUGGUCUAUGGUGCUGUCCUCCUAUAUCGGCGACAGAAGCUAUUGGUUCCUUGGUAUUGGUACAUUGUCUUGGCCAUUGUUGAUGUACAGGGGAAUUAUUUGGUUAUCAAGGCUUACCAGUACUCAUCAAUUACCAGCGUGACGCUGCUGGACUGUUGGACUAUACCAUGGGUUAUAAUCCUAACGUGGCUUGUGUUGGGAACACGGUAUUCCUUGUGGCAGUUUUUUGGAGCUGCCCUUUGUGUGGUAGGCCUUUCCUUGGUUCUUCUCUCAGAUUCAACAGACUCUAGUGGAGAUGCGAAGAAACCUCUUUUGGGAGAUGCACUUGUUAUAGCAGGGACAUUUUGUUAUGCAUUUAGCAAUGUUGGAGAGGAAUUUUGUGUCAAAAGGAAAGACCGAGUUGAAGUUGUAACGAUGCUUGGAGUUUUUGGGGUGCUAGUUAGUGCAUGUGAGAUAGCUAUUUUUGAGCGUAAAGAUCUUGAAGCUGUCAAAUGGACUUCCACAAUGAUAUCUCUAUUUUUUGGCUUCGUGGCCGCAACAUUUCUCUUCUAUACUGUUGUCCCGUUUGUCCUGAAGAUGAGUGGAGCCACUUUAUUCAAUCUCUCCCUUCUCACAUCUGACAUGUGGGCAGUGGUCAUUCGCAUCUUCUUUUACCAUCAACAGGUAGACUGGUUAUACUAUCUUGCAUUUGUCGUUGUGGCCAUUGGACUGCUCAUCUACUCAUUGAAUGAGACUGGUCCCCUCAGUGCGACAGCCACUGGGGAUGAGGAAGCAACUAUUCCGUAUGAACGACUCACUCAAGAAAAUUCAGCACCAGUGAUGCUGUCUUGAAGAGGGUGCAUCAAGCAACACAAAGCCAAUAAGUUGUUGAUUCUACACAAAACUGUAAUUAAAAAAAAAAAAUCUGAAAGGUUUAUGAAUAUAUGUCCCAAAGUUGUGCCUUGUUCAUUAUAGUGGUUCAGCUAAGAAGCUGUGUAAAAUAAGAUCUCCCCAACUUUUUGCAUAUGAACAAAUUUAACCCAUAAUGCUUGUGACUGUUUCGACCACUACACCCCCAACUACAUAUUAUCAU